GCGACCGUGGUGGGUCCAGCCGCGGCGGCCUCCGGCGAAGCCGGCAACUACGCAGGACGUGAGGGGCGCCGGGGAGGCCGGCGAGUGGCAGCAGGUGGCCUGCUGGAACAUCCGCCGCACGUCGGUGGACAACAUGGGGCGCUGGGAGGAGGUGAUCGCAGCGGCCAGCACGAGAGGCUGGGGAGCCGUUUGUGUCUCCGACCUGGUGGCAGUGGACGCCGGUGAGGUGCAGCUGGCGGGACCAGACGGCGAGGAGUGGCUGCUGGUGCACACCCGCCGCGCGGGCGUGCUGCUCAGUCCGCCGUGGCUUGAGGCUUGGAGGAGAGCAGGAUCCAGAUGGGGCGGCGCAGGUCGGGUGGCCUACGUCGACUUGCCGGCGCUGCGGGUCGUGGCCGUGUACCACCCCCUCGCGCGCCACCCAAGGGCGGAGCGGGGCGCCUGCCGCAGGGCUAUCGAGGACGCCGCCGCCACGAUGUCGCAGAAUCGCUGGCUCUUGGUGGGUGGGGAUUGGAACAGCAUUGUGGGAGCUGAGGCCGACGUGGCCUCCAGAUGGCGAGGCCGCCACGCAGCCAGCACGUCCAACUUGGCCGGGCGCAGCCUGCUGGCUUGGGCACAGGGACUGGACCUGUCGUUCGUGGACUCUUUCUUCGCUUUCCCGCGGAGGGGCACCUGGUGGCAUGCCAGAUUGCGCCAGAGCUUCGAGAUCGACGGUUUCUGGGCCACAGCGUCCGAGUGGCGGCGACACGUCACUGCUGUUCGCGCCUCCCACGCGCUCCACAUCUCCGACCACUCAGCCAAGGUGGUCCAGCUGGAGCAUCCCCUCGGCGACAGCGGCCCGAGGUUGAACAACCGGCGGGCUCGGCACAAUCCAGAGGGCCGCAUUCAGCACGAGCGUCUCCGGGACACUGAGCGCAAACGCGCGUACGAGGAGGCCACUGAGCAGGCGGCAGAUACGCUACCCGAGGAGGCGGGAUGGCCCGAGAUCGCCGCGGCGCUCUGCGAGGCCGGGAAGGCGACACUGGGCACGGCGAAGUCCGCGGCCCUCACGGCAACGCCCUGGAUGCUCGCCCACAAGACCGAGGCGAACGAGCACCGCGAGGCCAUCGGCCGCGCGACAGCGACCCUCCGAGAGACGCAGACCCCGGAGGCGACGCACGCAGCGAGGCAGGAGCGCAACCGCCUCCGCAACCAGUACCGCAAGGCACGGAGGGGCUGGGAGGCGGACCAUUGGCAGGCCCUGGCGGACCGGGCGAACGCUGCCGUCGCGGCCAACGACUCCAGGGAGCUGUACCGAUGCCUGCAACAGGCGUGCCCGGCGGCCCACCAGAGCCACCCGGUCUCCGUGGAGGCGCUCACCAGCUUGCAGGAGAACAUUGGCAGCCAGCGCUAUGAACGCACGCCCGGCGACAUCGAGACGACCCUGGCGGAGGUUCCGGAUAAGAGGCAGGACUGGCGGUACAAGGAAGCGGGAGCUCGCUUUGACCGACCGCUGCUCGACGCGGAGAUCGAUGAGGAGACGCAGCUCCUCGGGGAAUGGCGGCAGGGCUUCCGCGAGACACGGAGCACCAAGGACGCCUCGUUCGUCACGAUACGACUGGCCGAGGAGGUGGAGGAGCUGAUCGCCGAACGGCGAUACUUGUGCAGGACGGGAUGGAUUGACGCAGCGGCCCUGGGCCCCCAGCGGCUGGCGGCGGAGGUCGGUUGCCACGGCGAUGGCCCCGCUGCCCGGGGCGCCGUCCACGUCCCCCUGACGCCAAGGCCGCUCUGCGGCCCGUACAGGGUUCCGAGCCGAGCCGAAGCCCUUCUCCUCCGGGGGCGGGGCUCGGCUGGUACUGACAGCUUCUACGAAGCGCAGGUCCACCCCGGUCGCUCACCCAGGCCGCGCUGCGGCCCGUGCAGGGUUCCGUGCCGUGCCGUGCCGAAGCCCUUCGGCCAGGCGUGCUAUGGCUUCUGGCAGGGCGGCGACUUCGCCAAGAACGAUGAGCCGCAGGGCAACCAGACUUUCUGCCAGAUGAACGAAUGUAUCCCCGAAGUCGCGAAGGCCAUGCGCGCGGCCCAGGGGGGGGCGGGCCUGGGUAAGUUGUUCUCAGCCAACAUUACGGCGGAUGAUCCGAACGAGAUGAUCGCACGUGCCAAGUACAUUUUGAACCAGAUGGUGGCCAGCCCACAGACGCAGCGCGGGUACACCGCCUUCGUACACACCAAGUUGUCGCGCGUCAUCGGUGCCAGCGGCAUCCACACGGGCGCGAUGAGCUUUGGCAAGAGGGAGCAAGAGAGAUACCUCCACGCGGGGCUCCCGGACGGCUGCUGCCUGGCAGCCAUUUUGUACUUCCUGUACUUCCUGAUGCACUUCCUGCUGGUGCACUUCCUGCGGCACGGUCUCCGGGCCCACCUGGGGAGAGUGAGGCGCCUGUUCCACGGGCUCCCAGCGACGUCCCAGCACCCGCACGGUGCAAUGGGCGCGGCGAUAACCCGCGCGCGCCUGCGGGCUGAUGCGGCCACGCUGGCACAGAUCGAGGCGGUGGUCGCGGCGCGGCGCCACCAACUCAAGCAACCAGCGCCGCCGCGCGGCACCCCGCAGCCACCCCAGCAGCAGACCUCCAAGCCCCAGCCAGGUGCACGUGUCGGGCGCUGGCGGGUUAACGAGCGAUCCUUCGGCGAUAAGACUUUCACAUCUUCUACCAAGGUGCUGGAAGCUCUCCGGGAGGGCAAUGACCCCGCCGGGGACGUCUGCGUGAUGAGUGCGACCCAGCUCCAGGAGGCGCAGGCCCUAGCCACCCAGCACGAGAUCGCCAAGCCGUUUCUCAUGGUGUGCCCAGACACCCCAGCAGACGAAGCUCCACCCGGCUCCAACGUGUCUUACGUGGAGGCCCUAGUACAAGGUCGACCGACCCUGAAACGAUGCACCACCGUGACCCUUGGCUCGGGAGACGGGGGCAAGUCCGCCCCGCCGCUCCGAGCCGUGGAGGGCGCCGCCGCCCCAGCACAGCAAGAUUCUGUCACCUUGCGCUGCACAGUAAAGCGAGAGUACACCACCCCUGCGGAAUGGACCUCCGCCAGGCAGAACCCUGGGGAGUUCGCUACCCGCGGGAUGCCUCUGGCUAGUGUCGUGGCCGCCGAAGGGUUUGCGGAGAAAGUUGACAGCAAGAGCAGCCGGGUGCUCGAGGCCCAUAUGUACAUCAAGGUACUGCGGGCAGACGCAGAUAAACUCAUCACUACCUUCAGCGGGUCAUCUGGCCGGUUCUACCGCGUCAUCGCCCGCGACAGGGGCAAGACGCCUGACGACUACCCCGUGCGGUGGAUCGCCCGGCACAAGGAUGAGGAGAACGAGCUGUACCACGCGAGAGUCAUGAAGAUUGCGACGGACGAGGCCGAAUCCAAGGGGCUCGUGCUUCGCCCUGGCAGCAACUCUGACCUUGGGGUGCGAGGCCUCCGGCCGACUGAGACCCCACUCAGCACCUGGCGGAUCCAUGGCGUCAACGAGUGGGCCCCAGAAAUGCUGACGGGGUGGCUGACAAACAGCGGAUGGAGACAAGUCGAGAUACGCGACAAGCCCUCGGGACGGUUCGGGUGGCUGGUCCGCGCGGACCCGCACCACAGCAGACCGGGCCACGACACCACUACCAAGGCAGAUGCCUGGAAGAUCACCUUCCCCGGUGACACCGGCAGAGCGGCGGUCAGGGUGGAGCGGUACGUCAUGGCUCCACGGGGCUCGCAGGAGGAGGUGAAGACAGUCAAGACGAGGCGCGCUCGGUGGGCCCGCAGCCAGGGCGCUGACGCCGGCAAGCCCGUGUAUGAGGUCGCAUACGAGCAGGCCUGCCGGGCCCGGGCCGCCGCCAGGGCGGAGGAGGAUGCAGACCUAGAGGGCAUGGAAGCCUCGGAUCGGGCCAAAGCCGCUGAGGAGCGAGCGACACGGCGCAACCAGGAGGACGCUCGGGCAGCGCAGACGCUGACCGAGGAGCGAGACCGCGCUAAAGCAGCGGCCGACGCGAAGGCGGAGGAGGCGAAGCAGCCCACUCGAGCCGCGACUAAGGGCUGGGCCAAAGACGACUUCGAAGAGAUCGAUGCUGGGACGAACGGUGGUGACUGCCAGUACCGGCACACUGCCAUCGCCUACUUCUUGGCCCAUGGUAAAGCCAAGGCGGACUUGGUCAAGCCCGCCAAGGCCGCCAGCCUGGCGAAGACCAUGCGUGCCGAGGUGGUCGUGGAGCUCGAGAACAACAGGGAGUACUACGAGCCCUUCAUCAAGCACAUCCCAGAGCACGUGAGUGACGAGUCCAAGCCUACGACAUGGGAGGAUUACAUACACCUGAUCAAGACCAAGCCUACACGAUGGGGCGAUGCGGCGGUCACCCUCGCUGCUGCCACACACCUGCACAGUCAGAUCUUCAUUUACACUGGGGGACUUCUGGAAGGUGACAAGUGGCGGUGGCUGCAGCGGUGGGAUUGCUGGCCGCGCGAGAGCGCCGGCAAGGCGGUCCGGGGGGCUCUCGACAACCCUCCGCUGCACUUGGGGUUCCGGGGUGGGCACUGCUUCGUGCUUGUUCCCCGUGACCAGAGCUUCAGUACAGACUCCUUCUUUCGCGACCUGCGGCAGCGCCGUGCGGUGGACGUCCAGAGCCACAGGAGCUCCGUCGACUCGGAUUUCGCUGCCUUGCGACGGCGCCGUGCAGACAAGGAGGCAGAGGACGAGGACGAGGAGGACGAGGACGAGGCCGUUCCAGAGCAGGCGGCCGAGUUCGAGGGCAUACAUGUCGCCGCGCUGCGUGUCAACGGGGCGCCCCUCAGCCGACUCUCACACGAGGUUCCGAUCGAGGAAACGGUCUGGACCUGCCAGCUGUGCAGGGUCCGACAGCGCGACUGCGGCACCAUCCGCCAGCAGAGGGAACAGCGGAAAGCACAUCGCAGACAAGCACACCCCGCCGUGACGGCGAAACAGUGGACCUCCAUGGAACUGUCGGCCCGGAACUAUGCGCGCCACGCCACGGUGAAGGGCCAGGAGGCGGUCAAGAAGGGCCUCGGCGCCCUGACCGCCGAGGCACGAGAGGCGGCCAGAGCGAAGCGGCGAGCGUCCGGGGACCUGGCAUACUUUGUCAAGGUGCAAGGACACGACCUUGUCCCCAUCCACCUGGAAGGCGGGCACCCAAGCAGGCCCAAGCGCACAAGAUUCGCCACGUGCAAGUUGUGCAACUUGUUAGUCCAUGACAGCAACUUCAGACAGAGCAGCCGGGGCCGCCUUGGGCCCCUCUUCGGGCACCUGCGCCCCUGCCCAGGGCCAGUAUGGAGCACAGAGUGCGCACCCUGGUUGUCACAGACCUUCUUGCGCAUCUGGCACACGCUGACCGAGACCGACAAGCAGGCCUUGCGCGGGACGUGGUCCUCUCAGCCCCCUGCUCGCCUGCAGCAGCUCAGCACAGAGCUCGCCACUCUGGCUGUCGGCACCUUCAAGUACAAGCGGCCCGGGGCACGGUCCCCCUUUGACCUUACGAGAUGCCCAGAAGGGUACAAGGGCGAGACAGAGGUGCUCGACAGGAUGGCGGCCCUGGUCCGGCGGUUCCUGGGCCCUCAGGAGACCAGACUGGAUCAGACUGAGCUGGCCGGCUCCGCAGCCCUGUUUCGCAAGGCGGGCUGGGGCCUCGUUUGGGGCUCCGACGGGCAACCCUGGCAGCUACCCAGCAGAGGGCGACAAGCGGCUAAAUUCGGCGGAUUGGCCCUAGCAACACGCAGCGGCUGGCAUGCCAGGAGACUCGAUAGCCACAGGGACCCUGGUGGCGAAUUCGCCGUCUUCGAAGUGACCAGGCAGAAGGACAGGAUGAUUGUAUACAACAUUCACAGACGCGACGCAGCGACUGACGCUCAAGCAAAGGCCUUUGACGAUGCCCUCGAAACCUCAGUGGCCUCACACCCGCGGUCGAGCAAUCUGCUGCUUGGAGGCGACUGGAACGAGCCGGCGGCGGAGGGCACCAUUGCUGUGCAGGCCGCGUGGCAGGCGCAUGCGGCAGUGCUCCUGGCAGACCCUGGUGGCCCCACCCGGUGGCAGGCCAAGGAGGACAGCGGUGCGAUCGAUUACUUUCUUCUCCGCCUUCAACGAGGCUGGGGAGUCAGCGCAAGAGUCUGCGACGACGUCAUUGCGGACCACAAGAUGGUGGUUGUCUCUUUUCCCUGCCAGCACCUCAAGGCCGACGAGGGCACGCAGCGGUGGCGAAACGCAGGCACCUUCACAGCACCGACAGACGACGCCGACGCCUACAAGCACUGGCAGGAGACCCUCGCGGGCGCCGCCUGGGAGCCUUACGAGCACGCUGCAGACUGCGAUAUAGAUGCCUGGUGGACCUCCUGGAGCGACCGGGCAGAGGACCUCCUUCGCCGGGCCAGCCGCCGGCCAGAGGCGGGCCCCCGCAAGACGGAGCUGAAGCGGGUCCCAAUCCGCCAGGAAGAGAUCCUCGACGGCAUGACCUGCCGGGAGCGAGGUCUGAGGACCUUGGUGGGGCUUGGGCACGCGGUGCUGGCCCUACCGAGCAAGAGAGACGGCCGCGCGGCCCAGCAGCGCCAGCACCUUGCCCAAGAGCUACACGCUGCUGCACAGCACCUGCAGAUACCACACAAGGGCCAGACCCCGAAGGACGUUCUCCGGAGCGCCGAGGAAUGCCUGGAAAAAGAGUUGGCAAAGAACAAGCAGGAGCGUAUCCGGGCCUGGCGACGCAACAUGACCAGCAUGGGGCGCAAGGCUUACGCAUGGAUCAAGGGCGACACGGUCGCUGAUCCUUCUGCCUUCAAGCCAAGGGCCCCAGACGGCACAGACGUGGAGGGUUUUUGCACCGACUUCGCAGGAGAAAUUGCUGAGGUCAAAGCACGGAUUCAGCAGAGAUUUGACCGCCUGCCGGCACCUAUCCGGCACCUAGAGAGCAGCUUCUCGGAACCGACCCUGAGGGACUUCCGACGCAGCCUGCACAAGAUGCGGAAAACAGCGGGGGGAGUCGACGGCUGGCGGGCUUCCGAGCUCCUCUACUUGCCCGACGACGCGCUGGAGGAGCUGAGGGACCUCUGCCUGCACGCGGAACGCCAGGGACGUUGGCCUCGUCCUUUCCAGCUCCUCCGCCAGGUGAUGAUCCCCAAGAGCGACGGCAACAAGCAGUACCACAAGCUCCGCCCGAUCGCCAUUGGGCCUACGGUGACUCGAGCAUGGCUGCGCCUACGCUGUGCACAGAUCGCGGACCACCUGCACGCGGGCUUCGACACCUGCCAGGCGGGCGGGCUCACCGGCAGGCGGCUUGAGACCUUGGUAGACCCCCUCCUUGAGAAGAUCGAGGAGGCAGUUCUGGCGCAGGAGAUAGAGGAAAGCGGCGUCGACGAAGACGAGUUGGACAGGAUCUGGGACGAGCCCGCCUUCCAGGAGCUGUGGCAUGACACGUUUGUGCGCGCCUGGGACUUCGCUUCCGCCUUCGACACGGUCUGCCCGGACCUGGUCUCGGCCCUCUGGCUCGACUGGGGUAUCCCAGACUACAUUGUCCGCAGUGUUCACAGCCUCUGGCAGCGCCAGGAGAGAUGGAUCGAGCUCGGGGGGUGCGUAGCGAAACGCCCAGUCGACGUCAGCGCCUCGAUGCCCCAAGGCUGCGUGUGUGGCAUGCUGGGCAUGGCGUCUGUUCUUGCCCCUGCAGUGUGGCGGCUCCGCAGGACCGUGCCGGCCGCGGUGCUGUCGGUGUACGCAGAUGAUCGCACGGCGGCUGUCCCCUCGAGGCAGCACAUGGACGAGGUGGAGGGCGUCUGGGCGCAGCUGGAGGAGCACACCGCCCUGCGUUCUGCGCCGAGCAAGCAGGCUGAUUUCGCGGUCCACGUGACCCGGCGGAGGCAGAAGAGACGGAAGCUGCAUCGUUGCGAGGGUCUUGGCAACUCCGUGGGUGCAGAGCAGAUCAAGGUCUUGGGCCUGGAACUCAUGCUUGGCAAGGGUGCCGCCCUGACGGAGGCAGAGAGAUCCAAGUUGGCCAUUUGCAAGCGGCGCAUUGGCCGGAUCAGAGCCCUCCCCUCGACGGUGGGGCACAAGAGGGCAGCUGUCGGCGGGUGUGCCCUCGCAUCCCUGUCGUGGGCCGCCGUCCUGAGGUGGCUGCCACGGACAGCCCUGAGCGACCUGGAGGCGGCGAUCCGGCGCAGCCUGCGCCCGGGCAAGGGCACCUCGGCGUCGAGGCAUCUGCUGGACCUCGUCGCGGUGCAGCACGCGGCCAGCCCGCGCUACCUCCUGGCGCGCCGCCUGUGGGCCUUCGCCGCAGGCCGGUGCGCCAGGAGUGGCGCGGCGAAGCUCCAGAGCUUCCUGGAUCUCAGACUGAGAUACGGCUUGGAAUGUGCAGGGGUGACAGGAGCUCUCCUUCACUACAUGCGCCUGCUGGGGUGGACCUUUGGCCCCGGACAGGGAGGCGCGGGCGUUUUCACGUCCAGCGCUGCCGCGAGACGGCUGCAGGUGCCUUUGACGGCGCCGCCGGGGGAGCGAGACCACGCUCUCCGGAUGGCGCUCCGCCAGGAUCUGUGGCAGGCGUAUAAGGAGUCCAACCGCCGUGAUGCUCAUCUGGCCCGAGCCGAACAGGUCCCGUACUGUCAUCGUGCCGGCCUCGUGGUGAUGAAGCUGAUCAGCGGUAAGCGGGCGACAGGAGCCGUGCACUACCUGAGUGUACUGACGGGAGACUACUGGUCCGACAGCCGGCGGGCCGUGGCUCGAGGAGACGACCCAGCAGCCACUCUGUGCACCAGGUGCACCGCUGGCGCAGUAGCCGGAGCCGAGCAUGAUUUCUGGGGCUGUGACCUCUUCCGGCCCUGGCGGAGAGGAGUGCCGGUCCCAGCAUCCGCCUUCACGCGGAGUGACGACGACUGCGGUAGCACCGACUGCUUCAUUGACGUCACGGACGACAGCACUGCAGCAGCAGCACACGACAGAGACGACGACGACGGUAGCACCGACAGCUUCAUAGCCGACACGGACGAUCAGCACCAGCAGGUCGACCACUUUUGUGGUAGAACCUUCGAUGAAGGUUCGAUCUUGGCGCUGAGCUUUGGCAAGAUGGAGGGCGACGCUUCGGACAAGAACAUCGGAUUCAUGCUGCAAGACGACGUCGCCGACGGCCCCUACUACCGGCAGGAGUGGGAGGGCAUGAAGCAGACCACCCCGAUCAUUUCGGGUGGCAUGAACGCUUUGCGGUUGCCUGCGUUCUUCGAGAACUUGGGCCACUCGAGCGUUAUCCUGACGGCCGGCUGUGGGGCUUUCGGGCACAAGGACGGGCCGAAGCAGGGCGCGAUCUCGUGCGCCCAGGGCGAGGAGUCGUGGAAGUUGUGGAAGGCAGGCACCUACGGCGACCUGAGCCUAUCGGUCGGUGUCGUCGAGUACGCGAAGACGCACGAGGAGCUCAAGGGCGUGUUCUUGACGUUCCAGAAGGAUGCGGACCAGAUCUACCCGGGCUGGAAGGAGAAGCUCGGCUACACGGGCGAGUCCUCCGUCCAGGCAGCCAGCUUCAAUUGGCAGAAGAAGGUUGCGCCCCUCGCCGCCGUCGAGGAGACGCUACAGGCUUCCCCUGCGCAGGCGGCCCCCGCCCUCCGCGGCGCCGCGCACGCCCAACAGCCCAGCCCCACGGGGAAAGCCGCGGCCCUGGCAGCGCCGGCGGCCGCUGCCGCCCUCGCCGCGGCGGUCGGGUCCAAGCGCCGCGGUCGCGCCAGCAAGCUGGCGGCGGGCCAGGCCUCGUGCGUUGUUCCGGUCCAAUCGCGCGCCAGCGUGGCCCGCCGGGCCUUGGACCAGUCGAGCCGCUACGCGGACCUCUCGUUGACGGAGGAGGACCUGAUCAAGAACGGCCAGCACGUGCUGGUGGCCUACAUCAUGAAGCCCAAGGCGGGUUACGACUACCUGGCCACCGCGGCGCACUUCGCGGCGGAGUCCUCCACCGGCACGAACGUGAACGUGUGCACCACUGACGACUUCACCAAGACUGUGGACGCGCUCGUUUACUACAUUGACCCGGAGAACGAGGAGAUGAAGAUCGCCUACCCGACGGCCUUGUUCGACCGCAACAUCACCGAUGGCCGCGCAAUGAUGUGUUCCGUUUUGACUCUCAGCAUCGGGAACAACCAGGGUAUGGGUGACGUCGACUACGGCAAGAUCUACGAUAUCUACUUCCCGCCGCAGUACCUGCGCCUGUUCGACGGGCAGUCGUGCUUGCGUGAUCGACAUGUGGCGCAUUUUUUUCCCCUGGGGCCCGCGGCACGUCGGUGGUGGUCUGGUGGGUCGGCACCAUUAGUAAGCCGAAGCUCGGCCCUGCAAGCCAACGCCCUUCGGCAAGGCGUGCUAUGGCUCUGGCAGGGGGCCGAAUUCAUCAAGAACGAUGAGCCGCAGGGCAACCAGACGUUCUGCCAGAUGAACGAAUGCAUCCCCGAAGUCGUGAAGGCCAUGCGCGCGGCCCAGGAGGAAACGGGCCAGGGCAAGUUGUUCUCCGCCAACAUUACGGCGGAUGACCCGAACGAGAUGAUCGCACGUGCCAAGUACAUCUUGAACCAGAUGGGCCCGAUGGCGGAGAAUUGUGCUUUCUUGGUCGACGGCUACGUGGCUGGCGGCACUGCGGUGACCGUUGCGCGCCGUAACUUCCCGAAGCAAUUCCUGCACUACCACCGCGCCGGCCACGGCGCAGUGACCAGCCCGCAGACGCAGCGUGGGUACACCGCCUUCGUGCACACCAAGUUGUCGCGUGUCAUCGGUGCCAGCGGAAUCCACACGGGCACGAUGAGCUUUGGCAAGAUGGAGGGUGACGCUUCGGACAAGAACAUCGGCUUCAUGCUGCAAGACGACGUCGCCGACGGCCCGUACUACCGCCAGGAGUGGGAGGGCAUGAAGCAGACCACCCCGAUCAUCUCGGGUGGCAUGAACGCCUUGCGGCUGCCUGCGUUCUUCGAGAACCUGGGCCACUCGAACGUUAUCCUGACGGCCGGCGGCGGCGCCUUCGGGCACAAGGACGGCCGAAGAAAAGGGCGCGAUCUCGUGCCGCCAGGAAGGAUGCGGACAGAUAUACCCGGGCUGAAGGAGAAGCUCGGCUACACGGGCGAGUCCUCUGUCCAGGCAGCCAGCUUCAAUUGGCAGAAGAAGGAGUUGGCCGCGGCGUUCGUUGGCGCCAGCAAGACUCGCAAAGCGAGCUCUGUGACCCGCCAGGCCCUGGACCAGUCGAGCCGCUACGCGGACCUCUCGUUGACGGAGGAGGACCUGAUCAAGAACGGCCAGCACGUGCUGGUGGCCUACAUCAUGAAGCCCAAGGCGGGCUACGACUACCUGGCCACCGCGGCGCACUUCGCGGCGGAGUCCUCUACCGGCACGAACGUGAACGUGUGCACCACCGACGACUUCACAAAGACUGUGGACGCGCUCGUUUAUUACAUCGACCCAGAGAAUGAAGAGAUGAAGAUCGCCUACCCGACGGAGGGGGAGGGCAUGAAGCAGACCACCCCGAUCAUCUCGGGUGGCAUGAACGCCCUGCGGCUGCCUGCAUUCUUCGAGAACCUGGGGCACUCGAACGUUAUCCUGACGGCCGGCGGCGGGGCUUUCGGGCACAAGGACGGGCCGAAGCAGGGCGCGAUCUCGUGCGCCCAGGGCGAGGAGUCGUGGAAGUUGUGGAAGGCAGGCACCUACGGCGACGUGAGCCUGUCGGACGGUGUGGUCGAGUACGCGAAGACGCAUGAGGAGCUCAAGGGCGCGUUCUUGACGUUCCAGAAGGACGCGGACAAGAUCUACCCUGGCUGGAAGGAGAAGCUGGGCUACACGGACCAGUCGAGCCGCUACGCGGACCUCUCGUUGACGGAGGAGGACCUGAUCAAGAACGGCCAGCACGUGCUGGUGGCCUACAUCAUGAAGCCCAAGGCGGGCUACGACUACCUGGCCACCGCGGCGCACUUCGCGGCGGAGUCCUCUACUGGCACGAACGUGAAUGUGUGCACCACCGACGACUUCACAAAGACUGUGGACGCGCUCGUUUAUUACAUCGACCCCGAGAACGAAGAAAUGAAGAUCGCCUACCCGACGGCCUUGUUCGACCGCAACAUCACCGACGGCCGCGCUAUGAUGUGUUCCGUGCUGACUUUGAGCAUCGGGAACAAUCAGGGUAUGGGUGACGUCGACUACGGCAAGAUCUAUGAUAUCUACUUCCCGCCGCAGUACCUGCGCCUGUUCGACGGGCCGUCGUGCUGCGUGAUCGACAUGUGGCGCAUCCUGGGCCGCGGCACGGUCGGCGGUGGCCUGGUAGUCGGCACCAUCAUCAAGCCCAAGCUCGGCUUGCAGCCGAAGCCCUUCGGCCAGGCGUGCUAUGGCUUCUGGCAGGGCGGCGACUUCAUCAAGAACGAUGAGCCGCAGGGCAACCAGACUUUCUGCCAGAUGAACGAAUGCAUCCCCGAAGUCGUGAAGGCCAUGCGCGCGGCCCAGGAGGAAACGGGCCAGGGCAAGUUGUUCUCAGCCAACAUUACGGCGGAUGAUCCGAACGAGAUGAUCGCACGUGCCAAGUACAUUUUGAACCAGAUGGGCCCGAUGGCGGAGAAUUGCGCCUUCUUGGUCGACGGCUACGUGGCUGGCGGCACUGCGGUGACCGUUGCGCGCCGCAACUUCCCGAGCAAUUCUUGCAUCUCCACCGCGCCGGCCACGGUCCCGGAUGGGAGGGCUGAGAAGCAGACCACCCCGAUCAUCUCGGGUGGCAUGAACGCCUUGCGGCUGCCUGCGUUCUUCGAGAACUUGGGCCACUCGAACGUUAUCCUGACGGCCGGCGGUGGGGCCUUCGGGCACAAGGACGGGCCGAAGCAGGGCGCGAUCUCAUGCGCCCAGGGCGAGGAGUCGUGGAAGUUGUGGAAGGCAGGCACCUACGGCGACGUGAGCCUGUCGGACGGUGUCGUCGAGUACGCGAAGACGCACGAGGAGCUCAAGGGCGCGUUCUUGACGUUCCAGAAGGAUGCGGACCAGAUAUACCCGGGCUGGAAGGAGAAGCUCGGCUACACGGGCGAGUCCUCCGUCCAGGCAGCCAGCUUCAAUUGGCAGAAGAAGGCCUCGUGCGUUGUUCCGGUCCAAUCGCGCGCCAGCGUGGCCCGCCGGGCCUUGGACCAGUCGAGCCGCUACGCGGACCUCUCGUUGACGGAGGAGGACCUGAUCAAGAACGGCCAGCACGUGCUGGUGGCCUACAUCAUGAAGCCCAAGGCGGGCUACGACUACCUGGCCACCGCGGCGCACUUCGCGGCGGAGUCCUCUACCGGCACGAACGUGAACGUGUGCACCACCGACGACUUCACAAAGACUGUGGACGCGCUCGUGUACUACAUCGAUCCUGAGAACGAGGAGAUGAAGAUCGCCUACCCGACGCUUUGGUUCGACCGCAACAUCACACCGGACGGGUACCUUCGCCUUUUCGACGGGCCGUCGUGCUGCGUGAUCGACAUGUGGCGCAUCCUGGGCCGCGGCACGGUCGGUGGUGGUCUGGUUGUCGGCACCAUUAUUAAGCCGAAGCUCGGUCUGCAGCCGAAGCCCUUCGGCCAGGCGUGCUAUGGCUUCUGGCAGGGCGGCGACUUCAUCAAGAACGAUGAGCCGCAGGGCAACCAGACUUUCUGCCAGAUGAACGAAUGCAUCCCCGAAGGCAAGUUGUUCUCCGCCAACAUUACGGCGGAUGACCCGAACGAGAUGAUCGCACGUGCCAAGUACAUUUUGAACCAGAUGGGCCCGAUGGCGGAGAAUUGCGCCUUCUUGGUCGACGGCUACGUGGCUGGCGGCACUGCGGUGACCGUUGCGCGCCGCAACUUCCCGAAGCAAUUCUUGCACUACCACCGCGCCGGCCACGGCGCAGUGACCAGCCCGCAGACGCAGCGCGGGUACACCGCCUUCGUGCACACCAAGUUGUCGCGCGUCAUUGGUGCCAGUGGCAUCCACACGGGCACGAUGAGCUUUGGCAAGAUGGAGGGCGACGCUUCGGACAAGAACAUCGGAUUCAUGCUGCAAGACGACGUCGCCGACGGCCCCUACUACCGGCAGGAGUGGGAGGGCAUGAAGCAGACCACCCCGAUCAUCUCGGGUGGCAUGAACGCCUUGCGGCUGCCUGCGUUCUUCGAAAACUUGGGCCACUCAAACGUUAUCCUGACGGCCCGCAGUGGGGCCUUACGGGCACAAGGAACGGGCCGAGCAGUGGGCGCGACUCGGUGCGCCCAGGCGAGAUCGUGGAUGUUGUGGAGGCAGGCAUCUUACGGCGACGUGAGCCUGUCGGCCGGUGGGUCAGGAUGCGAGGGAGACGCCGAGGGAAGACUCAAGGCGCACGUUCUUGACGUUCCGAAGGCUCGCAAAGCGAGCUCUGUGACCCGCCAGGCCCUGGACCAGUCGAGCCGCUACGCGGACCUCUCGUUGACGGAGGAGGACCUGAUCAAGAACGGCCAGCAUGUGCUGGUGGCCUACAUCAUGAAGCCCAAGGCGGGCUACGACUACCUGGCCACCGCGGCGCACUUCGCGGCGGAGUCCUCUACCGGCACGAACGUGAACGUGUGCACCACCGACGACUUCACAAAGACUGUGGACGCGCUCGUGUACUACAUCGAUCCUGAGAACGAGGAGAUGAAGAUCGCCUACCCGACGGCUUUGUUCGACCGCAACAUCACCGACGGCCGCGCCAUGAUGUGUUCCGUGCUGACUUUGAGCAUCGGGAACAACCAGGGCAUGGGUGACGUCGACUACGGCAAGAUUUAUGAUAUUUAUUUCCCGCCGCAGUACCUUCGCCUUUUCGACGGGCCGUCGUGCUGCGUGAUCGACAUGUGGCGCAUCCUGGGCCGCGGCACGGUCGGUGGUGGUCUGGUUGUCGGCACCAUUAUUAAGCCGAAGCUCGGUCUGCAGCCGAAGCCCUUCGGCCAGGCGUGCUAUGGCUUCUGGCAGGGCGGCGACUUCAUCAAGAACGAUGAGCCGCAGGGCAACCAGACGUUCUGCCAGAUGAACGACUGCAUCCCCGAAGUCGUGAAGGCCAUGCGCGCGGCCCAGGAGGAAACGGGGCAGGGCAAGCUGUUCUCCGCCAACAUUACGGCGGAUGACCCGAACGAGAUGAUCGCACGUGCCAAGUACAUCUUGAACCAGAUGGGCCCGAUGGCAGAGAAUUGCGCCUUCCUGGUCGACGGAUACGUGGCUGGCGGCACUGCGGUGACCGUUGCGCGCCGCAAUUUCCCGAAGCAAUUUCUGCACUACCACCGCGCUGGCCACGGCGCAGUGACCAGCCCGCAGACGCAGCGCGGGUACACCGCCUUCGUGCACACCAAGUUGUCGCGCGUCAUCGGUGCCAGCGGCAUCCACACGGGCACGAUGAGCUUUGGCAAGAUGGAGGGCGACGCUUCGGACAAGAACAUCGGCUUCAUGCUGCAAGACGACGUUGCCGACGGCCCCUACUACCGCCAGGAGUGGGAGGGCAUGAAGCAGACUACCCCGAUCAUCUCGGGUGGCAUGAACGCCUUGCGGCUGCCUGCGUUCUUCGAGAACCUGGGCCACUCGAACGUUAUCCUGACGGCCGGCGGCGGGGCCUUCGGGCACAAGGACGGGCCGAAGCAGGGCGCGAUCUCGUGCGCCCAGGGCGAGGAGUAG